AGCGAGGAUGAAGGGCAGGGUGCUGAUGAAGGGCGGGGCGGACUCGGAGACCUGGCUAGAGAACAAAACAGACUUGCGGGGCGGGGCGGAUUCGGAGACCUGGCUAGAGAACAAAACAGACUUGCGGGCCAGAGGUGGUCAUGAACGGCAGGGCCCGGAAAGAGGCAGUCCAGGCCGCGGCCCGGGAACUCCUCAAGUUUGUGAACCGGAGUCCCUCUCCUUUCCACGCCGUGGCUGAGUGCCGCAGUCGUCUUCUCCAGGCUGGCUUCCAUGAACUCAAGGAGACGGAGAGCUGGGAUAUCAAGCCUGAGAGCAAGUACUUCCUGACUAGGAACUCCUCCUCCAUCAUCGCUUUUGCUGUGGGGGGCCAGUAUGUUCCUGGCAAUGGCUUCAGCCUCAUUGGGGCCCAUACGGACAGUCCCUGCCUCCGGGUGAAACGCAAGUCUCGCAGGAGUCAAAUGGGCUACCAGCAGGUUGGCGUGGAGACCUAUGGUGGUGGGAUCUGGAGCACCUGGUUUGACCGAGACUUGACUUUGGCUGGAAGAGUCAUUAUCAAGUCCCCCACCUCAGGUCGCCUGGAGCAGCGCCUUGUGCACGUGGACCGGCCCAUUCUACGCAUCCCACACUUGGCCAUCCACCUGCAGCGAAACAUCAAUGAGAACUUUGGGCCCAACACAGAGAUGCACCUAGUCCCCAUCCUUGCCACAGCAGUUCAGGAGGAGCUGGAGAAGGGGAUUCCUGAGCAAGGGCCUCUCAAUGCUGUUGAGGAACGGCACCACUCGGUCCUCAUGUCCCUGCUCUGUGCCCAUCUGAGCCUGAAUCCGGAGGACAUCUUGGAGAUGGAGCUCUGCCUGGCAGAUACGCAGCCUGCGGUCCUAGGUGGAGCCUAUGAUGAGUUCAUUUUUGCCCCUCGGCUGGACAAUCUUCACAGCUGCUUCUGUGCCCUGCAGGCUCUGAUCGAUUCCUGUGCAGCCCCGGCCUCCCUGGCCAAGGAGCCCCACGUGCGCAUGAUCACGCUCUACGACAACGAAGAGGUGGGAUCAGAGAGUGCCCAGGGAGCCCAGUCUCUGCUGACAGAGCUGGUGCUACGGCGGAUCUCCGCCUCGUCACAGCACCUGACGGCCUUCGAGGAAGCUAUACCUAAGUCCUACAUGAUCAGCGCAGACAUGGCCCACGCUGUGCACCCCAACUACCCGGACAAGCAUGAGGAGAACCACCGGCCCUUCUUCCACAAGGGCCCUGUGAUCAAGGUGAAUAGCAAACAACGCUAUGCCUCCAAUGCGGUCUCAGAAGCCCUGAUCCGAGAGGUGGCCAGUCAAGUGGGGGUACCCCUGCAGGACCUCAUGGUUCGGAAUGAUUCCCCGUGUGGUACCACCAUUGGACCUAUCUUGGCCUCUCGAUUAGGGCUGCGGGUGCUGGACUUAGGCAGCCCCCAGCUGGCCAUGCACUCUAUCCGGGAGACAGCCUGCACCACUGGAGUGCUCCAGACCCUCACCCUCUUUAAGGGCUUCUUUGAGCUGUUCCCCACUCUGAGCCGUAACCUCCUAGUGGAUUGAGGCCUCCUGGCGAGACUGCACUUGCACCCCUUGCACUUGUCAGGGGAAGGGCUCAGCUGAAGCUGAAUUAUUAAAGUGGAUUUUUCACUCCAA